GUCGGUGCUACAUUCCUACGCACGGCUCGACUGCGAACUACUCUCCAAACCAGUCUACUUGACCGGCGUCGCGCUCUCACUAUCUCCAGACCCCAGGCCAUGUUGACCACCGCGCUGUCCGAGACCGAGGUCUCGGCGCUGAGAGCUAACAAGGAGCGACUGGCAAACGACUUACAUCAUUCGUGCCGGUGGGGAUUUGGGAUCCGGUGGGGAGAUGGAUCAACUGACACAGGCAUGCAGCGUCUAGCCCUGUCGGAAGAAGACAAGAGCGUGCGGGAGUGGUUCAUUCAGACUAUGAAAGACCUCAAGUGCAAGAUUACUAUCGAUGAGAUGGGGAAUAUCUUUGCCGUCCGUCCAGGCCGAAGGGCUGAUGUGCCGGCGACAUUCAUUGGGAGCCAUUUGGAUACGCAGCCCACGGGUGGACGAUACGAUGGGAUUCUUGGUGUCUUGUCCGGAGUGGAAGCGCUCAAGACCAUGGAUGAGAUGGGAUUGGAGACGGAGGGAGGUGUUGGGGUGGUGAAUUGGACCAAGUACCUGACUCGUUCCCCUACGAGACUUUUGUUUUCUGGGAGACCAACUAACCACCGAACCUUUGACAGCGAGGAGGGCGCCAGGUUUCCGAUUAGCAUGGUAUCCUCUGGUGUAUGGGCAGAGUGCAUACCAUUGCCAAAGGCACACAACCUCAAGGAAGUGCCGACAGUAGCCUCGCUGCCGACAGCGGGAUCUGCGCCGGAGACAAUGAAGACCGCCUUGCAGAAGAUCGAUUAUCUCGGAGAAGUGCCGUGCUCAUACAAGGCGACGCCGAUGGCGGCACACUUUGAGCUGCACAUCGAACAGGGCCCACAUCUCAUCUCGGCGGACCAGCGGGUCGGAGUGGUGACGGCCGUGCAGGCAUACCGAUGGUUCCGGGUGAACGUGAUCGGACGAGAUACGCACACAGGGACAACGGCAUUCGAGCACCGCGCAGAUGCGCUGUAUGCGUUCUCACGCAUGAUGGUGCGAGCCCGCGAGGUUGCGGCCGCUCGAGGCUGUCUUGCCAGUGUGGGUAUCGUCGAAGCCAAACCCGGCAGCGUCAAUACCGUGCCGGGGCUGGUGAGCUUUAGUCUGGAUAUCCGUGGGCCAGAGACAGCGUUGGUUGCCGAGGUCGAAACGGAGCUGCGCAGCGAGUUCGACGCCAUUGCUGCGGCUGAGGGUGCUGGUAUUGGCAAGCCAUGCCGUGUUGAGUGGACGCUUGACUUCGACUCGCCCGCUGUCAAGUUCCAUGAGGAUUGUAUCGAUUGUGUUCAUCAGUCGGCUCAUGCGGUCGUCGCUGAUGUCCCGGUUGCGAAGACGAAGUCGCUGGUGCGACCUAUCAUGAGUGGUGCUGGCCACGACAGCGUUUUUACUUCCAAGCGUGUGCCAACCAGUAUGAUCUUCGUUCCGUGCAAGGACGGGCUCAGCCAUCACCCCGAAGAAUUUUGCUCCGCCGAUGAUUGCGCAACCGGGGCCUCGGUCAUUCUGCAGGCUGUAAUUCGGUAUGAUAGGAAGAGGUUCAGUUGA